AUGAACAAGUACGAUCGCCAAAUAAGGCUUUGGUCUGAGGCCGGACAGGGCUCAUUAAAGUCUGCCCGGCACCUUGUGCUUGGUGUUACAGCAGCAACAACGGAGUUUGUAAAAAAUAUGGUCUUGGCAGGCAUUGGGCAUGUCACAAUCGUUGAUGGCAACAGCGUGACUGAGGCAGAUCGGUCGGCCAGCUUUUUUAUGCAUCACGAUGUGGAUGGCAGUAACCGAGCCCAAGUAAUAGCCCAAUAUAUUCAAAGCCUGAACGACGAAGCAGAAGUAGUUGGCGCCGCCGAGAAUCCGAACCACUACAUUCAGACCCCUGAGCUACUUGCUUCAUAUGACAUUAUUAUUACAACGCGACUAGCAGACGACAUUCUGAUGCAACUGUGGAAAAAUGUAUGCAAAACAUCCGUGCUUAUACAGAUUGACUCUUACGGAUGUGUCGGACAAGUCCGAUCUUUCUUUCUAUGGCAUACAAUUGUCGAUUCUCACCCUGAGAGUCGCGUGGAGUUGUAUUUACACAAUCUCUGGUCCGAGAUCGAGUCCUAUUCUGAUUCAAUUGAUCUUGAGGCGCUUGAAAAUCAUGAUCAUGAACAUAUUGCGUUUGUUGUUUUACUUAUAAAAGCACUUCAAGAGUGGAAGCGGAGGCAUCAUAACGGCCCUCCUUCAACAUUGCCAGAGAAGAAAGAAUUCAAAGCCAUUAUCAAAGCGUUCGAACGAACAUACGAUCAAGAGAAUGUUUCGGAGGCUGUGCGUAAUGCUUGGAGAGUGUCGGUUCCUAAAGUUCCCGAAGGACUCUCCAAAUUAUUCGAAAUCCAGGAAGGCUGUAACCUUCGAGAGUUUGGUUUGCAGCUGACAUUUUUCUCGCUUGUGAGGGCACUUAAACAGUUUGUGGCAAAGUAUGACCGUUUGCCACUUUCUGGAGAUUUACCGGACAUGAAGUCGGACACUGCUGGGUACAAUAGAAUAGUGGAAAUCUAUCGAACAAAGGCUAAACAGGAUGCGGAACAAUUUGCUCGGGUAUACUUGAAUUUGUGUCAAUUAGAAGGACUCGAACCUGCCAGCCAGUCAGAAAUCGAGCAUUUCUGUAAGAAUUGCCGUCACAUUCGAGCUCUAAGAGGUGUACCACCCAACGAAGAUAAGAGGCUUAACUUGCGAGUUCACGAGGAUUCUGAAUUCAAAAGCAUUUUUUCGGCAAUCUGUGGAGCUAACGAAUACCUUUACCGCAACCAUCUAACUACAUGGUAUGGUGACCAGUCUGCUGCCGAGGCUUUGCGAGACUAUUCUGCGCAUUACGCUGACCAGGUGGGCUUGGUUUACGAUUCAAGUGCAGAGGAACUGCAUUCUGUUUCUGCAUUCCUGGGGGGCAUUGCUGCUCAAGAGGCAACCAAGUUCACCCUGCAUCAGUACACACCCUUUAUGCAUACGCUUGUUUACGAUGCUAUCAAACAAGCCACUCAUGUAUUCCUUAACGGUGAAAUAUUUAAUUAA